UUGCGUCACAUCAGAUCUGGCAUCCGCUUCGCUUCACAGCAGUUGCGCCAUUUGAGCCACCCAUCAUGGAGGUGAGCAGAGCGAGCUUGGCAUCAGCGCCCGUGUAUGCCCCGAGACCCAGCACAAAGGUGAGACACCUCAAGAUCAGGGCAUUGGCACCAGCACCGCAGCAACCUCUUCAGGCGACCUUUCCAAGAAGUGCUUCGAGCCGUGUUGCUGCUGCUCUCACGGUUUCAAUGGUGACGCUUUGUAGAAGAAGAGUCGCUCGCCGCGCGGUCGAAGCAGAAGUGGCCACCCUUGGGGAGGUCGCGCAGGCCUCGACGACGGACGAAAAGCCACGCCCAUUGCAAUUAGUGCAAAUUGACCUGGAGAAGAACAAGGUGAGACUGAACGAGGAGGAUUUGGCCGUCUUGGAGAAGUCCCUGGAAAACACGGGCGUGGAGAAGGUGGCCAUCAUCGCUGUGAUGGGGGCGUUUCGUACUGGGAAAUCCUUUUUGCUCGACCUCAUGCUGCGCUACUUGCGAGAAAAGCACCCGCCCAAAGGCUACAAGAACGAAGACAUUCCGCAGGAAUGCGAAGUUCCAGAUUGGGUUCAAGAAAGAAAGGUUCCAGAUUGGGCCGUGAACUGUGGCCCCAACCUAUUGGAAGGCCGCGAGGGUGGUAGUCAAGACCGGGAAGGCUUUGUUUGGAGGCCAGGCAUGGAGAAGUGCACCGAGGGCAUCUGGGUGUGGUCAGAGGUCUUUGUGUGCAAAGCUGGCGAUGAGGAUGUGGCCGUGGUGCUGAUGGAUACCCAAGGCGCUUGGGAUGCGCGCAUGAGCAAGGAGCAGAGCGCGACAAUCUUCGGCCUCACUACCUUAUUAGCAUCCCGCCUUAUCUACAACGUCUCAAAGCAGAUUCAGCAGGAUAAGAUUGACAAUUUGCUGUACUUCACAGACUUUGCCAAAGCUGCUCUCCGAGCCAUGCAGAGGGGCACCGGCUCCGUGAGUGAGCCAUUCCAAACAUUGGAAUUCCUGGUCAGGGAUUGGCCGCACUAUCAGGAAGCCACUGAUCAGGUGGAUUCUCCACACAGAGUCGCAGGCAUUGGAGUAGAGAAUCACUGCGGAGGAGAGCCAAUGUUUGUUCACUUCACUCCAGGUCACUCCGCUUCGGUCUGGGGGGCAGUCCUGGAGUCCAAUGCAUCAUGGGAAACCACAGAGAAUUUCAGGCAUCCACAGCUACAGCUUCUGUAUUUCAACCCAAAGAAGUCCCAGGACACAAAAAGCGUUGAGGCACUUGUGGACUUGUUUCAUGACAUCGACGUAUGGUGUCUUCCACAUCCCUCUCUGAAGAUUGAAAGUGAGACCUGGAAUGGGGACCUGGCAGUGAUUGAGAAACAAUUUUGGCGAUACAUUGAUGGCUAUUUGGACAAGAUUUUUGACCCAGCGCAGUUGCAAGCAAAGCAAAACCUUGGCAAUGCCAUCACCGUGUCUACGUUUGGCACAGUGCUGCGCGAGUUCUCCAGCGCCUUCAGUGAUGCUGCGCCACAAGCACAAACCUUUUCAGAGGCAAUGGAGGCUUCCACUGGCCUUUUGGCGCGAGAUGUGGCAAUCAAGAAGGCAAAGAAGAUUUUGGCAGAGAAGGCCCUCAGCAGCCCAUCCGCUAUUACCGAUAAGGAGUUCGACGAGGUGGCAGCAAUGGCCACAAAACUGGCGAAUGAAGAGUUCACAAACAAGGCCAUUUUUGGCACGUCAGAGGGAAUUCAGCGACGCAAGGAGAUGCUCCUGAAGGAGUUGGAAGAGGAGAUCGCCCGGGCCCGUGAUGAUAAUGAACGAAAGCUUGAAGCUUCCCUGACUGGCUUGACCAACUUCUCCAUCCUGGGCCUUGCGGCCUUUGUCCUUGACCGUGCAAGCGAUUUCACCUGUGAUUGGUGGUCAGGCUUUUGUCGGGAUGUCUCAACCGAUCUCAGCUACGUUGAGGUGGCAGUGUUUGGCUGGGUUGGCUUCAAUCUAUUCCAGAUCAGUCAGAAGCAGGGGUCGCUCAAUGCUACUGCCGCAGCUCUCGAGCUUGGGAAGACGGUUGUGCGGACACUGGACCGCGGCAUCAAAGGUGCUCAGAAGUCAUCUACGAAAGUGGUGGACGUGGAGGUGGACACGGACAAGAAGAAAUGAGCUUGUUUACAUUCAUGUCGGUCCGUUGGCAUUUCGUGUGAUGUUUGGGAAUGGCUUCUAGUUCGAAGGACUAGCUGAUAGUUCGGAUAUUUUUUAAGCGCGCUGAAAUUUUACUUCGGCAACUGUUCCUGAUUGAUUCUGCAAGGUCCUGCGGAG